UUGCGCACGGGCUUUCUCUUGUUGCCGCGAGCAGAGGCUGCUCUUUGUGGCGGUGCACGGGCUUCUCAGCGCAGUGGCUUCUCUUGUUGUAAAGCACGGGCUCUAGGCACGUGGGCUUCAGUAGUUGCAGUACAUGGGCUCAGUAGUUGUGGCUCGAGCGCUCUAGAGCACAAGCUCAGUAGUUGUGGUACACGGGCUGCGUGGGAUCUUCCCGGCCCAGGAAUUGAACCUGUGUCCCCUGCAUUGGCAGGCAGAUUCUUAAUCACUUUGCCCCCAGGGAAGUCCCACGUGAUAGUUUUUGAAGGGAAAAAGGGGAAAGAAUCUCAGAAUCACCGAGGCAGAAGGUCAAGCUCUGCAUCAUUUUCCGUUGCGUGCAGACUGGCUGGCUCCUCGUGAGCUUUCUUCAGAUGUUAUCUUGCCCGCUUGAUCUACUGCACGAUUGCACAGGGAGAAGCUGGGAGUGGAGAGCUAGUCAUUCUAUAAUUGUUUAAUUUUUCAUUCCUGCUUGUUUUAAUCAAGGGAAAGAAUCAACAGGUUAGACAAGGUAUUGUGUGCGUUUGCUAGAGCGUAGGUCAGGAGUUAGGUUAAUUAUUACCUGGUGCCCUCAUUUCUGUAAGGUUUGAGGGGAACAGAAAUGGGCAAAUAGGAAAGGGACAAAGGAGAUCUGCUUACAGAUCCCCACUGUGCGAUCGGUUUAGGGGUGAAGGCCCACCUUCUGUAACUUCUUCGUGCUGACACAGGGCGCCACAUUCUUGGAGUGGAAGACGUCGACGUGAGCCUGUAGCAUCCCUUUGCUGACGGGUUUUAGUUGUCUGCCUGCAUAUACGGGCAGAGCAAGCUGUAAUUAUUUUCAUGCCCACAAAGAUAAUCUGUGUCUUAUCAGGGGCAGUGCGAUUAGUCCUGUUGCCUUGAGGCCAGCUCUUGGAAUUGUGCCGGCCGUGGAUGGAGCCGCUCAUGUCACGGCUGCAGUCUGCUCAUCCCUCUGGUGGCAGUUGUCGUGUCUGUAAAACAACUCAGGAAUGUGUAUCAGACACUGAAAGGUUCUGCGACUCUAUUGUCCUGAUGAUUCGCUGCUCGAGCCUGCUCUUCUGUGACCUGGGAGGCCUGGGAGACGUCACCUUUUCUACAAACAAGAGGCAGGGGACGUGGAAGGGCCUCUGUACGGGGCUGGGGGGCGCGCAGCAUUCUGCUUGGUUUUGUGGGGAGGUGCUCAUGAUGCCCAGUGGCAGAGAUGCGCGUCUCCUGUGCCCCCUCAGCUGCCCACCCAGCCUCUCCAUCCACAUACACUGCCGGUUGCCACCUCGGGCCACGGGCAGAGCUGUGCCCGUAGAGCCAUCAGCAGCCCGUCCGUGGGGCUCGCUCAGUCCACACCUGGAUAGUUUCUGUUUCUGACUGGGGCUCAGGGAGGUAGGAUUCUGGAGAGCGACCCCUGGUUUUCUGGUGGCCGUUCAGAGGCCCCACUGACGAAGCUCUCUUGUCCCCUCCCUUCCUUCUCAGAGCGCACAGGUAAGAGGAGAUGUAUCCACCUGUCUCUAGAGAGCCGUGAGGAGGUCUGUGGGUUUGAGGCUUGGCUCUGCCCUUUCCCAGCUGGCUGAGGGCAAGUGACUUUUCUCUGCCUCCAUUUCCUUAUCCGUACUGACCUCGUGAGGUGGUUGUGGGGGUCUGUUUUCUGUUCUUGCUUUACAAACGUUGCAGCUUAAAGCUGCACCUCUUUGUCAUCUCAUGGUUACGUGUCAGAAACGCAGGCUCGGCUGGGCUCCCUGCUUACGGCCUCUCAAGGCUGAGACCUGGCGUCUGUCAGGAAGAAGCUGCUUUCCUGCUUAUUCCAGUUGCUGGCAGCACCCAGCUCUCUGCAGUGGGAGAACUAAGGUCCCCGUUUCCUUGCUGUCUAUGAGCAAGGACUGCUGUGUAUGUCACGGUUCUCACCUUUGAGACUUUCAUUGUAGCUGUAAAACCUCCUCACAGCGGCACGUAGAAGAGUGUUUGAAUGACCGGAGACAGGAGUCUUGGGCUGUCUAGAACUCUGCCUGCUGCCGAGGAUUAGAUGGGAAAUGCGUGGAGAGCCCUCAUAACCAGGCCUGGCACCUGGCAGUGGUCCUCUAAGACGGCCGGCCUGGACUCUGCCCGGGAGGCUGCCAUGGCGUUCCCCCACCUGCAGCAGCCCAGCUUCCUGCUGGCUAGCCUGAAAGCCGACUCUGUAAAUAAGCCCUUUGCACAGCGGUGCCAAGACCUGGUUAAAGUCAUCGAGGACUUUCCAGCAAAGGAGCUGCACGCCAUCUUCCCGUGGCUGGUCGAGAGCAUCUUUGGCAGCUUGGACGGCGCCCUGCCCGGGUGGAACCUGCGCGGCUUGCAGGGCCGCGUGAGCCCUGUGGAGUACAGCAUCGCCAUGGAGUUCCUGGACCCCGGGGGCCCGAUGAUGAAGCUGGUGUAUAAACUUCAAGCUGAAGACUAUAAAUUUGACUUUCCCGUCUCUUACCUGCCUGGCCCCGUGAAGGCGUCCAUCCAGGAGCGCGUGCUCCCCGACAGCCCCCUGUACCACAACAAGGUCCAGCUCCCCCCCAGCGGGGGCCUCGGCCUGCACCUGGCCCUCAAUCCGUUCGAGUAUUACAUGUUCUUCUUUGCUUUGAGUCUCAUCACUCAGAAGCCGCCGCCUGGGGCCCUCCACAUCCGCACCUCGGACUGCGCCUACUUCACCCUGGUGGACCGGCACCUGGCGUGGUUCCUGCCCACAGAGGGCAGCGUGCCCCCCCCACCCUCCCCCAGCCCAGGGGGCCCCAGCCCCUCCCCGGCUCCCAGGACGCCAGCCGUGCCUUUCGCGUCCUACGGCCUGCACCACACCAGCCUCCUGAAGCGGCACAUCUCUCAUCAGACAUCCGUGAACGCGGACCCCGCCUCCCACGAGAUCUGGAGGUCGGAGACGCUGCUCCAGGUUUUUGUGGAAAUGUGGCUUCAUCACUAUUCUUUGGAGAUGUACCAAAAAAUGCAGUCCCCUCACGCCAAGCUGGAGGUCCUGCACUACCGACUCAGUGUCUGCAGCUGCAGCGCCCUCCACAGCCCUGCCCAACCCAGCCUCCAGGCCCUCCACGCCCACCAAGUACUGGCUGCUCUCGAGUCCUUCAUGCCCAGCGAGGAGCACGUGCUGGCCGUGCGGCUGCUGCUGAAGCACCUGCACGCCUUCGCCAAUAGCCUGCGGCCCGAGCAGGCCUCGCCCCCUGGCCACUCCCAUGCCGCCAGCCCCCUGGAGGAGUUCAAACGGGCCGCUGUCCCAAGGUUUGUCCAGCAGAAGCUCUACCUUUUCCUGCAGCACUGCUUUGGCCACUGGCCCCUGGAUGCGUCGUUCAGAGCCGUCCUGGAGAUGUGGCUGAGCUACCUGCAGCCCUGGAGGUACGCACCCGAGAAGCAGGCCCCAAGCAGCGACUGCCAGGCCCGGAGCGUUUCGGAGAGAUGGGCACCCUUCGUGCAGGAGAACCUGCUCGUCUACACCAAGCUCUUCCUGGGCUUCCUGAGCCGCGCGCUGCGCACCGACCUCGUCAGCCCCAAGAACGCGCUCAUGGUGUUCCGCGUGGCCAAGGUCUUCGCGCAGCCCAACCUGGCCGAGAUGAUCCAGCGCGGUGAGCAGCUGUUCCUGGAGCCCGAGCUGGUCAUCCCCCACCGGCAGCACCGGCUCUUCACGGCACCCACGUUCACCGGCAGCUUCCUGUCGUCGUGGCCGCCCGCCGUCACGGACGCCUCCUUCAAGGUGAAGAGCCACGUGUACAGCCUGGAGGGCCAGGACUGCAAGUACACCCCGAUGUUCGGGCCCGAGGUCCGGGUGCUGGUCUUGCGUCUGGCCCAGCUCAUCACGCAGGCCAAGCAGACGGCCAAGUCCCUCUCCGACCAGUACGGGGAGAGCACAGCCGCCCGCCCCUUCCUGUCGUGGCUGGGCUUCUACCCCUCAGACACCAACGGCUCCUACCCGGGCAACGACCUGGAUGAGAUGGGGCAGGACAGCGUCCGCAAGACGGAUGAGUACCUGGAGAAGGCCCUGGAGUACCUGUGCCAGGUGUUCCGGCUCAGCGAGGCCCAGCUGGCCCAGCUCACGCUCGCCCUGGGGACCACUCAGGACGAGAACGGCAAGAAGCAGCUCCCAGACUGCAUUGUGGGCGAGGACGGGCUCAUCCUCACGGCCCUGGGCCGGUACCAGAUCAUCAACGGGCUUCGGCGCUUCGACAUCGAGUACCAGGGGGACUCGGAGCUGCAGCCCAUCCGCAGCUACGAGAUUGCCAGCCUGGUCCGUGCGCUCUUCCGGCUGUCCUCUGCCAUCAACCGCAGGUUCGCAGGUCAGAUGGCGGCCCUGUGUUCGCGGGCUGACUUCCUCGGCAGCUUCUGUCGCUACCACCUCCUGGAGCCCGGGCUGUCGGACAGGCGCCUGCUGAGCCCCGUGGGGCGGGGGCGGGCGGCCAGCCUUGCCCGGGGCCCCCGGCUCAGCCUGCGCUUCCUGGGCAGCUGCCGGACGCUGCUGGCCCUGCUGCUGGCCUUCUUCGUGGCCUCCCUGCUCUGCGUCGGGCCCCUGCUCUGCGCCCUGCUCCUCGUGCUGGGCUACGUCCUCUACGCCGUGGCCAUGACACUGCUGACCGAGCGGGGCAGGCUGCACCAGCUCUGACGGUGGGCGGCCGCCGGCCCCGGGCACCGGGGAGGCCGCUGUGCCCCCGACAUCUGUCACCUUCGUGCUUCCAGGGAGCGUCUUCCUGCAGCUGUGGGAGCACGCAGAGAGAGCCUGACGGGCGAGCGCGGGGUGGGCAGCGCGGGGUGGAUG